AUGGUAACCGUAGUUAAAGAAGUAAUUAUCAAAAAACAAUGUGCAAAACUGAAUUUAAUAAACAAUUCGAUUACAUCAAAAGAUGCAGUUAUUUUAGCCGCCGGUUUGAAGAAUAAUUCAACGUUGAAAUUAUUAAAUCUUUCCGGCACUCGAAUAAGUGAUCUAGGCAUUCAAUAUAUUACCAAAGCAUUAUCAAUCAAUAGCAAUAUACUCAAAGAAUUAAGAGUAGCAAAUAUCGGUCUUACAAAUAAAGGCGCAGAAGGUCUUGCUCUGAUGGUGAAGAUGAACAAAACAUUGAUUCAUUUGGACUUACAUGAAAACGAUUUCAGUGAUGAAGGAUUGAAGGCACUUUUCGUAUGGUUUCGUGAUCUAUCGAGAAAAAAUGAAAUUAGACUUAACAAAGCUGCUGAAAGAGCUGGACUAAUAGAACGAACAGAAACGCCACCCUUACAGGAAGUUUGGUGGAUGCUAAAUCUGAAUUAUUUUUUGGGCUGUACUCGGUGA